UUCAUAGGGAAAGAGAGAACAGGCGAGAGAUACAGAAACAUCUCGCUUCGCUGAAAGGAGAACCUCCUAUUUGCUCAUUCCAGUUACACACGCUCCCUCGCUCUCUCUCUCUCGUGCUUUUUCAGUCCAGCGCACACACGACUCUGAUGUUCAAGGGGGCAGAAGGCAUUCUGUGGAUUCAGGGUAUCCAGUGAAGAGGAAGAGGAGCGGAGAUGGAGCCCCUAAAGACACUGGGAAGGAUGCAAAGAAGUGCCAGGUUUUCUUAAGUAAAGAGAUGCACGAGCAAAGGUGGAGGGAGCAAAUGGGGGGAAUGGAAAGCAAAGAAAAUGAGAUAGAAGGGGAGGCACUGGCGAGUGAAGGAGAUCAGCAGUGAAAGUACUGAGACAUGUGAGAGAGCCCUGACCUCUUCUCUUCACUUACUGGGGGGACUCAUCCCCACUCCACCUCCCAGUCCAGCUCAAGCCAGGAAAAGAGACAAGACUAGAAAAGAGGAAGGAGCAGGCAAGAAAAAGGACUCUUUGCCGUUCUCAUCCCUUAUUCAGGUGCAGAGUGCAGCUGACGGCUCACUAUCUUUUUCUGGGAGAUGAAGCCAUAAGAAUGGAGAAAUAGAAGUGAAGGAAGAAGAGGAAGCAAGAAGAAGUAGCUAGCAGAAUGAUGCAUUGUGGGAUUGUGGGCUGUGCGAUGCAUGCUCACACAUUCUGCUCUCAGUACAAUACAAGGUAGCCAAAUGAAUGGAAUCAUGGUGGUCAGAAUUUAUCUCAAGUGCUUUUACAUGAAACUCAGAGAAUGGCUACAUCAUUGGCUUUUUUCAUGUUGAUGAGAACCAUGAAUGGAAUCCAUGGAACUAUAUCCCAGAUUAAUUUCACUGAGGACCAAAACAAAUAAAUGUAAAUAGAUGAAGAACUUAAAUUAUUAAUAUGCUUCUUCAUCUUUGGCAAUUGACUUAUCUCAUCACAGGUAAAGCGACUCACUUUAGCUCUAUGUCACAGUGCUGUGUUUUAGACAGUAGAGGAUAGAGUUAUGGUCAGCAAGGAGCCAAGCCAUCUUCCAAACACUAAUAGCAGCAGCAGCAACAACAACCUGGAGAAAGUGGUAACCGUGCGCUCUGUCCUGCUGAACCGCGACUCGCCGGACAUUGAGACGCGGCUCAAACGCCGGCGGAACCGCACUCAGCAGGUUCGCUUUAAAGAUCUCGAAGAUGGGGGGCCUGAAUGCUCAGGGAGAUGCCGGUCCCUGGCUGAGCGGGGCAGUCCACAUCCUAACCGCAGAUGCCCUGUCGUUGUCUCCUUAUCUCCCAGUAAGGAGCUAUGUGAGAGAGAUGUGAGGAGGGAGUUGACUGCAAAUGGUGGCUCGGUGGUAGGGGUUGUUAGGGGAGACAUGGCAAAGACUAUUGGGGCAGUUGCGGCCAGUUUGGCCAAGGCACCCCCACAUCCUCUGACGCCAGGGCCCACACGCCGUGUGUGGGCUCCCUCAUGCCCUGGAUCCCUCACCCUGCCUAGCUCUCCACGUGCCUGUAUGAGCACAGCCAUCCAGACCUCCCCGAGCCUGCAGAAGCCCUUGCCAUUCUCCAUGCUCCAAACCCGCAGCCAUAGUCUUGGGGACUUUGUGGAUGGGGAAGUCCAGGAAGAUUGGGUGGGUAAAAAGACACUCUCCCAGAACCAUGUGCUUACCUCUGGGGCUGCUCAGGAUGACUUAUUCAGUUACUUUCCAGAACAUCUUGAAGAUGAUGGGCUUCUAGCUGAAGCCCAUGGCACUUGCCCACUGAACUCCAGCCCAGGUCAAAUGGUAGAGUGGCACUCUUCCUGCUCUCCAACAUCUACUAUGAGAGCCUCUAAUGGACCUGACCUUCUUGCUUCAUCACCCCUCAAAAGCCAUGUACUGAGUGACCCUAACAAAUUACAGCCAACCUGUUCCACAGCUCCUGAGUUUGGACAGGCCAGUGCUCUUAUUUCUGAGACUAGAAAAAGUAGCUCAGAUCAGAGUGGGCUAUUGGACAUUGCUGUUCCACAUGCUGGAGUGAAUGGCACCCCCACUUCCCCAGCUACAUCAACCAUGACUUACAUUUCAGAAACUGGAUUGACAAGCACCCCUCUUCCUCAAUCUGAGCCAUCCUCUUCCUCCAAUGCUGAAAUGUUAGUAUCCAUCUCCUCUCCCUACAAAACUUCCCAAACUUGUACCUCAGUCCAUCACACUGUGCCCCCAAAUACUUUGCCAACCAGAAUAAGCCCUCUGUAUCUCCCAACAGUUCCAAUGGCAGUACCUUUUAGCUUCCCUGCAAGGCCUACAUUUACCACUCAGGACACAGGGAGGGGUGAGGAACAGGUAAGGGGGAAGAGAAGAGAACUUCCUUUGCCUCCUCCACCUCCACCUUAUACCCCACGCCGAGAUGGGCACGGCCCCCAAGGACUAAACAACAGACCAACCACAACCAACUGUGGUAGUGACCAUGAGAAGAAGCCAAAAGCACCAGCAUACUUUCCAGAAGGUGCACACAUGCACCCAAAAGAGGCCAGGUACCCUCUAGGACUGGACCCCAAAGCUUCACCAGCUGGGUCAGCCCAAAGUACACCUUACCACAGCCAACCCAAGUUUGGGGAUGUCUGCACAUCCUGUGCUAAGACCUACAUUAGAUCUCCCAGUACAACUAAUGACUUGCGCUGGCAGCUUAUGGGCCAACUGGCUCCGUCGGGUCCCUGGAUGCCGACACUCAACCGCAUUACUGACACCUCUUUGACUCCUGACCAGGCUGAGACACUGAAACAUGUGCAGGAGCUGCUGGGAGGGUUGAUGUCAGGCACAUGCAGCAAACUGCAGCUGUCCGAGGCCCGAGAGAAACUGCUCGGGCCCCAAGGGGCCCUUCACAAUGUCAGGGGCCUGCAGACACAACUGCAGAGCUUGGAAGGAAUUCUGGAGAUGAGUCAGAACACCAUCAAGGUUCUGCUGGAUGUCAUCCAGGACCUGGAGAGGAAAGAGGCAGAGAGAGAUGGGAGCAGUCCAGAUGGAUCCUGGCAAAACCAUCGUGGCAUCCAUGUGGCCGACUCUCAGGACCAAGAAGGAGCUGCAAGGAAUUCUGGAUUUUGCCAAUUUUUAUUGACAAUUUAUCUGUAAUUUUAGUUCUCUCGCAACUCUUCUUAUGGUUCUCAUCCAUUCUCCCCACUGGCUGAUUGUCUUGAACCAUAAAAUCCAAGCCACCUUCCAGCUGCAGAAACAACACAGUGGCACACCUCUCAAGUUAUAACCAUGUGCCUUCAUCUCCAAUAAGUUAUCCAACACAAACAAAAUUAUGAUGUGGGGAACAGGGAGUUGCUGGCCAUUAGGUAGGCCCAUUAAGUAGCUUGAGGGGGUAAAACACCCUUUACAGGUCCUCAGCAACAUUUAUUCCACUAAAUGCCAUGGUUUGGUGGGCCACAUUUUUUGCAUGAUUUAGAUUUAAAGUUACUUAUUGGCCAGGAGAAAAAGAUUAUAAGGUGGAUGCCCUCUUGCAGAGAUUUCUAUCAGACCAGCCCCCUACAUCAAGUGACACCAUCGUCCUACAGGCCUGCUUCAUAGCCCUGGUCAGGUGGGAAAUGGAGGAGGAGAUUACCCUUGCCCUGUAACAGGACCCAGCUCCAUCAGCGAGUAGAACUUACAAGCCCAACACUAUGCGAUCUCAGCUCAUGCAAUGGGUCCACACUUCACUAAGCUCUGGUCACCCAGGGAUCCAAAGAACCAUGGAACUGGUGGGAUGCUGAAAUUGGUGACCAUCCAUGGGGUCAAAUAUCAACAACUAUGUUUCCUUCUUCAUCUUUCCUCAUUCCUCCUACCUGUACCCAAUCCAAGGCCACCUGUGCACUGCUGACUGGCAAGCUCCAGCCCUUCCCCAAACCUCAGUGCCCUUGGUCACAUUUGGUAUCUCAGGACUAACAGUAAUCCUUGUUGUCAUCACCAGGUUCUCAAAAUGUGCCAACUAAUUCCCCAGUUAAGUUACCUUCUGCUCUGCGACUAGCAGAGAUCAUCUUUACCUAUGUCUUCAUGGCAUUUGGGUUACCUGAGGAUUUAAUAAGCAAUCAGGGAUGGCCCGGUUUGGGUGCACCUUCUGUCAUAGGAUGGGAAUGGCCCUCAGCCUGUUGUUGGGUUACUACCCUCAAACUAAUAGACAAGUUCAGCGUCUCAACCAAGACUCUGAGAGAUUUCUGAAGUCCAACUGUACACAGAACAAGAUAGACUGGAGUCAGUUUCUACGUUGGGCAGAGUAUGUUCAAAACUCACUGUUCCAUUCAUCUUUGCUUCUUAUACCCUUCCAACGUUCUAGGUUACCAAUCCUUACUUUACCCAUGGGAGGUGGAGCUCUGCGAUGUACCAGUGGUGGAAACUGUCCAGCUGUCCUGUACUGUAUGAUGGCAAAAGGCUGCUGCAGAUUGUCAUUGCCAUCUUACCCUCCUCCAACCCGGAGAGCAGGUGUGGCUGUCCACCUGUGAUAUCUGGCUCUGUCUUCCCUCCAAAAAGCUGACUCCACAGUAUAUUGAACCAUUAAAUAUCCUGUCUUGUGUAAACCCCAAGCUGCUGGUAAUUAUCAGAAAAUUCCAGUGUGUCAUGUGUCUUUACUAAAGUCAAUCUGAUAUCACCUGAUGCAUCCCCCAACUGAAGGCCCUGCUCCUUCACCUCUGUUGAAUACUGAUGGCACCCUGGCUUACACCAUCCGUGUUCUCCUGGAUGCCCAACACCAUGGGGGAUGACUGCAGUAUUUAGUGGACUUUGGGAUUUGACCCAAAGGAACAAUCCUGGGACCCGACCAUGGACAUCCUGCACCCCAUGCUGAUUGCUGACAUCCACCAUUAAUAUUCUGAUUGUCUUGCUUCUCGCUUUCUCCAGACUGCUUGAUUUCCCUGUUGUGAGAUUUAGUACGAGGGUACUUCCUGAUCAUCAGUCCAGUGAGUGUGAGUGUCCCAAUCCCUCUUGGUGAGAGGGCUUGUACUGAUCUCCCUGUGUCUGCAUAAGUGCCUGUAUUUCCCUUCACUCCUUGACUCCUUGCCUCUGUCCCUGACUUCAACUCUCAUUUAGCAUGAAUUCCUGUUUGCACUUUAUCUGGGUCUUCAUGACAAUAAUAAGAAAUAACUAAUACAAAAUGGUUGUGUACAGAUCAUAAUAUUAUACAAAACACUGUUAUAAAAAAUUGACUGUGCAAUGAGCAAUAAAUAAAUUAAUUUACCAAAUAAA